CCUCCGGACCUCCUGAUGUCACUGGGUGUGUUCCUCCAAUCCACUGGUCUGCGUUUAAGGAAGCGCAGCACUCAGCCACUGCGCCCCCUGCUGGAGGCUCAGGGCAGGACGCGGCACACGAGAGAAAUGAGUGAAGACACCGUCACGUCCUCACUCCGUCCGGAAUCAUCGUCCUCCUCCUCCUCCUCCAUGGACCGCUCAGGGAUGCUCCGCUGGCCACUCCUCUUCUUCUUCCUCAGCCUCAUGUGCACAGUGUGUCACGGUCAGGCGUCUCAGGAAGUGUCUGCGGAGGAUUUUGGUUUGGAGAAACCUGAAGCAGCUGCAGACAGAGACCUGGUGGAAGCACUGGAGGCUCUGCUGGGCAGGAUGCACAGUCACAUCUCCUCCACAGAGAAGCGAGGCAGCAUCCCUCUGUGUGGGAUGGGAGACCGAUGUGCUAUGAAGUUUGGGCCUCGCAUCGGAAAACUCUGCGACUGUGGACGAGGAGCGAACUGUAACUCCUACCUGCUCAAGUGCAUCUGAACCACAGGAAGAAAAUAUCCAGCGUCUCAUGUUCCUGUGUAACGGCAUCAUUUCUUUUGUCCUUGCUGUUGAUGUAGAUCUGCAUGUUAAUGUCUCAUGUUCAAUAAACAGACUUGACAACACAA